CAGUAUCUGCCACACGGGGGAAACCACUAAACUUUCCCAGACCUUAGCAAACUUUAGCGCUUUUAUGCUCACAACGCGCUGCUUGGUCUUCAGAGAGCACCGCUGACAUCUGUCGCACAUUUGUCAUUACUUAUUUUCCAGAAAACCUCCAGAGCCAUGGGGAAAGGCUGCAUCACCGCCACCAAGUACUUCCUGUUCCUGUUCAACCUGCUGUUCUUCAUUUUCGGAGCCCUGAUUUUAGGAUUUGGACUGUGGAUUCUUCUGGACAACCAGAGUUUCAUCGCGGUCCUGCAGGAGUCGUCGGCCACGCUGAAGGUGGGCUCCUACAUCCUGAUCGCGGUGGGCUCCCUCUCCAUGCUCAUGGGCUUCCUGGGCUGUGUGGGGGCCGUGCACGAGAUCCGCUGCCUGCUGGGCCUGUACUUCAUCUGCCUCCUGCUGAUCCUCAUCUCCCAGGUGACGGCGGCCGUACUCAUCUACUUCCAGAAAGACCUGCUGAAGACCGAGAUGUCGGACAUUGUGAGUAAGAUCAUUGUGGACUACAGUGGGCAGAACUCCACCACAGAGCUGGCCUGGGACUACAUCCAGAGAUCGAUCCAUUGCUGUGGCUGGACCGGCCCAGGUAACUGGACAGAGAACACGGUGAUUAGGAACAGCUCCCAGCCCCUGUACCCCUGCUCCUGUUGGGACCCCGACCUCUCGAAGGAGUCCACCCCGGAGAGCGGCUUCUGCACUGCCCUGUCCCCCACCUGGCCUGUCUACAGCACGGGCUGCAUGGUCAGUGUGGAAAACUGGAUCCUCAGUAACUCCGGAGUGAUCUUGGGAAUCUCAAUCGGAGUGGCCGUCGUUGAGCUGUUGGGGAUCAUUUUGGCUGUUUGUCUGUGCAAGAGCAUCCACCAGGAGGACUACUCCAAAGUGCCCAAAUACUGAGGAGCCACACACUCACACUCUCUCUCUCUCUCUCUCUCUCUCUCUCUCUCUCUCACACACACACACACACACGCACACACACACACACACAUACACACACACACACACACACACACACACACACACACACACAAGGUGAAGGUGCUAUUUCACAGGAAGGUCUUUGCGAAGUAUAACAUCUCUAUAAUCUCUCUAAGCUCCUCCCCCUGCCGGGUCUCUGAGUCUCAUUGGCCCUGACAGAGAGAGAGAAGAAGAAUCUCAGCCAAUCACGUUCUUCGCUCAUUUCCGGAAAUCUUUGAAACCGGUUAGAUGUUGAGUUUUGUUCCGUUUUCAGUUUCAGUGCUUUGUAUUGGUCUGUCCGGGUUUUGUGAGAGAGCACAUGAUGAUGAGCCGUUUAAUGACGCUGACUGGGUGGGUGGGGCUUGUCUGAGUGGAGUGGGGUGCUUUGGGGGAGUGUCACUGGGUCACAUAAGCCACACCCUGGUCUGAAAAACACUCCGUUUCCUGAUAAGUGCUUAUCUUUCUCCUCUUUUCCUUGCUUUUGACCCGAAGUGUGUUCACGGUCCGCCAUCUUUAAGGACAUUCCGACCUGUUAAAUGUUCCUUCUAGGAACUAGAAGUAGAAGUUAAGAACUCCCACACUUUCCUUUCUUGUGCGGAAAAUGAGUGCAUCGUUUGUGGAAAUAUUUUUCCUGAAGCCUGACGUAUAAAUGAUCGACCUGUGGGUCCACCUCUCCCCAUCUGUAACUGUUGUGGCUUCAAACUGAUUCGAAUUCACAUUCUCGAUUUCCCCGUCUUCAUUUAUUUUUCUUGCCGCAUUUCUUAGCCUCUUCUCAUGGGUGGAGCUAGGAGUAGAUAAAGAACAGGAGGAGAAGAGGAGAAGAUUAGGGAUUGGAGGGAGCUAUGGUGGACCUGGGAGUGUCCUGAUUGGAUGAGACCUGUGCAGGGCGGGGCAGGGCAGGUGGUUUUGGGUAACCCCUGACCCCUGACCCCUGACCCCUGAUCACACUUCUCCAGCAUCCAGCAGAGGAGUCUUUGCUAGCAGGAGAGAACAGGGCCCUGCUUCACAGAGCAGGAUUAUAUUACAUAACAGUUAUUCAAAGGGACUUACAGUUGAUUAGACUCAGCAGGGGACAGUCCCUGUGUCUCCAUGACAACGCUGCAAUUGGAAUAAGAUUUCCAGUGAGGGAUUUAUUUUCUAUUUUAUUUUUUGCAUGAAGUUCUUAUGCUAAUUAUGUGUUUAUCUAUGUGUGCAUUCUUAUUCUUUUUUUUUUUUUUUGGAAUAGGUGUGUGAGUGUGUGAGUGUGUGAGUGUGUGAGUGUGUGAGUGUGUGAGUGUGUGAGUGUGUGAGUGUGUGACAUUUCUUUGCGAGAGAGAGCGCGUGGUCUUUCCUCUGACACUGGGAAGUCCCACUUUCCUGAUGCAUGCUGGAACAUUCCGCGGGGGGCGUUGGCCUUCCGUUUUCACGGGCUCGUGGAUGUCUCCUUCAGAAGGUUUUUGCUGUAACAGGAACUCGCACACCUGAUUUAAUGACUGAACCAAUCAAACUACAAAAAAGGCCUAGAUUAGUGAGAUCAGGUGUGUGAGUUCCUGGUUGCAUUAAAACCUUCUGGCGCGUGGGUCCUGAGGACUGGAGCUGGGAAACACUGCCCUGUAGGGCUGCUGGAGAGGGGAGUCUCAUGUCCAGUCAGGGAAUUUAAGGGAAUUAAGAUCUAAGAAAAUCGAUUCAUUGAUUUAAAGUCCUGGACGUUUCAAGAUGAUUCCUGUGUUGAGUUGGAGGGGUGGGACAUCACCUGGGACCCACCGGAUUUCUGUACAGAAAAUGUUUCCAAUGUUGAAAUCACUGAUAAUUUUUGUGAAUGUUACUUUUUGAUGAAGGCUUUUAACUUUUUUUUGGUCUUUGUUUUAUUUCCAGCAAGUUAAGAUGAUUAAUUGUCCAGUUUCAUUAACAUAUACUGUACAGAAUUUUGUUUAAUCUUGAAGUCUUUUGGAAAUAAUGACCAUUUCGAAAAUUAGUAAUUCUGUUCAAUUGCUUGAAGUACAAUAAUAAA